AUGUUUGACGUUAUAUGGACAGACCCCAACCGGGAGUCCAUCGGCGAGAGGAAGCAGCGCAAAGCAGCCGAGGGGAAGACCAGAAAAAAAGAGGAAAAGCGAUUGUUUCGAGCUUCAGUCUCAACCCAUUCGUCCGGUUCUUCCAGUGUCGACAAGCCUAUGCCUGGAGCUCAUGGCACAUUUGAUCACAAGAAAGUAUCACCGCUCUCACUGAGAACAGUCACUGGAAUACAGAGCCAACCUGAGCCUCUGCUCGGGGGUCCGAUAUCUCCCACAUCUUCGAACAACAGCUGCGCAAACCGACCCAUCCAGUACAUUGAGGAUGGUGCCAUCAAGGACAGAAUUCUGGAGGACAUUUCCGAGACCUCCCCAGGCUUGGAGUCUAGAGAUUCAAUAUUUUCUAGCCACAACGAUUACGCAUCUGCCCCCAUGACACCCGCUUCAGUCUUUGGUGGAUCGCAUGCCCAGCAAGACCCAGCGUCAAAGGUCAUACAAAGCCUGGGCCCUUCUUCGUUUAUCACCAAAACUACCGAGGUCGUAUCCGCACCGCGCUCACCAGAGUUCGACUGUGACCAUGUGGUUUCUGAUGUGACCAUUACAGCUGAUUCAUCCCAUCGCGUUGUGCUCCCUGCAACUCCCCCAUCCCCCAAAGAACUAGGAAAGACCAUCCACACCAAGAAGUGGCUGGCCUCGAUUCCUAAUCGCACACGUUCGCUUUCCCCAUCGAAGGACGACAUCAGCCGUAGGCUUGGUCCCCUACCUCCUAUCCCAAAGAAAACACCACCUUCGACACCAAAAAACCCGCGAGGACUCACCAUAGCAGCACCGAGCUCCAUUUUCCGCAAUGACAACCCUGAUGCCUGGAAGCCCCCUGACACUUGGGAGUGCAGUCCGUCUGUCAAGGCCACCGCAACAUCAUUAGAUGCCUUGGUGGGACCGCAAACUGCGGACCAGACUCGCAAGUCUAGCUUGAUAUCAUUGGACCUCAUCGCUAUGCAACGCGAGAUGAAGAUGAUGGAGGCUGCAACUCCACAGACGAUCUUGACGCGUCUGAAUGAGGAGUGGGAUGAUUCUCAGGACCCAGCUCUGUACCAGGAGAUGGCGAUGGAGAAGCAACGGUGGAUGCUGUCGGCGAUGUACAACGUGGACCGUCCUAGUGUUGACGGCUCGGACAAUUCGAGCAUGGUGCCAGCAGCUCAAGGCCAGGGACAGAAGAUUCUUGCCCUAUUUGAGAGUCCUGCCACUGCUUCAUACCUGGCCGCCGCUCACUGCAACUCGCUGAUAUACCACACAUCGCCAACUCCAAUUUCAAACGACUUAUUCCCCAACGUACUUCCCACAGCGCUUCCAGUGGUGUCUCACUCGGUUCUUUCGACGGCACCAAACAUGUUCUCGGCCGUCUAUUGCCUGUCACUCCCGUCGCUUGUGCCAUCUUCAGAAAUCCCGCCGCUACUGCGUAAUAUUUAUCGCACUCUCGCACCGGGAGGCUCGUUGCACCUGACGCUGAUUGACCCAGCUCCUGUUGCUCGGUCACUCGGUCCGCGCAUGCGGCAGUGGAUGGAGGAUAAUCUUCAGGACAACCUAGAGAGAAACUUUCGCUGUGUAAACCCGAGAAAACUGGUUCCAGGCUGGCUAGGUGAUGCCCACCUUAGGGCUUACGGCAGCAUCAUUACGACCGUCAAAUUCUUUGCAGUACCACCACGUCGAGCUCCGAGUGACACUAACCUCAGAGCUGGCACUUCAUCUGCAGUCAGUGGCGAGGAUGGCUCAAGCAGUAGUGCUGGCAGCAUACAGAGCAGCAAAAACACAGGUAUACAGAUCCGAACUGAGCUUCGAAGCACUGUCGGCCGGAUGCUAUGGAAGGAGGUCUGGGGCCAGUACAUCAGCACUACAAAGUGGUGGUGGGAAGACCCGCUCUGUGUCAGAGAGUGCCAGGAGCUCUCUACUUACUGGGAGUACAAUAUUAUCGUGGCCACAAAGGAGUCUGUUGCUUUUGACAAGUCAGGCUAA